ACUAAUUAAAAUAAAAUUUCCCGUGAUUAAGUUUAAAUAAAAUUCGUCAAAAUUCUGUCCUCGUUGUGGGGCGCGCCCACCCAGCUGGUCGGUGGACUGGAAUACAAAGGCGCUAAACAGCCAAAAUUCAAAUUAACCGUCGUCAGUACGCCGAGCCCAUCACCAACAUCCCCGCCACCAACACCACCUCCAUUAUCGCUGUCGCAUAACACCUCCAACAACAUCAGCAAUUCACCGUUGUUAUACAAGCACAACAAUAUGGUGGAGACUACAACUCCUCCCAGCGGCAUUGCUGUGAAACGUUAUGCCGUCGGCAUGGUUAGCGAGGGCAGCCCGCUUAGUGAACACCAGCUUCAGCAUCAUCACCACCAGCAGCAGCAACAACAACAACAACAACAUUUACAACAUCAACUGCAACAACAACAAACCAACCUGCAACACGCAAACCACGGCCGCCAGAGUUCGCGAUCCCCACCCGCGACUACACCGAACGCUGCGUAUUUGACGACCGCCAUGCUUUUGAAUUCGCAGCAGUGCGGCUAUUUGGGACAACGUUUGCAAUCCGUUUUGCAGCAACAACAGCAGAAACACCAUCUACAACAACAGCAACAACAGCAGCACUCACAACAACAGCCGCAAUCGCAAACUCCUUCCUCCGACGAUGGCUCCCAAUCGGGCGCUACCAUAAUUGAUGAUGAGCGUCCAUCCCGACCUGCGCCAGCUACAGCAACUGCUGCGGCGGCAGCAGCUUCACUUUUUACAAUUGACAGUAUUCUGGGUGGCUCGAGGUCAGCUGUGAAUAGCAACAAUUUAAACAGCAUCAACAACAACAGCAACAAUAAUAGCAAUCAUAUUAGCAUCGGCAGCACAAAACGGGCCGAUUCUCCCGCCUCACCCAGUUCUAACUCCAGCUCAGCGGCAACAAGUCCCAUACGACCACAACGAGUUCCUGCUAUGCUGCAACAUCCCGGCUUGCAUUUGGGACAUUUGGCCGCAGCAGCAGCGACCGGAUUUGCCGCCUCACCGUGCGAUUUCUUAGGUGAGUAA